GGAGCUUCCACAAGCCAGACCGAAGUUCUCAGGCUUAUUUUCCUCCCUUUCUCCGCUUCAUCGUCUCCGAAUUGCGUCACCAUGGCGGACCCAGAAACUGAAGGCCUGCGAAGCACCUUUCCCUCUUACAUGGCGGAGGGCGAGCGGCUCUAUCUGUGCGGGGAGUUCGCUAAAGCCGCCCAUAGCUUCAGCAACGCUCUUCACCUUCAGAACGGAGAUAAGAACUGCUUGGUUGCCCGCUCCAAGUGCUUCCUCAAGAUGGGAGAGCUGGAGAAAUCCCUGGCAGAUGCUGAGGCUUCACUCCAGGGUGACCCGACUUUCUGCAAGGGGAUUUUACAAAAGGCGGAGACCCUGUACACCAUGGGAGACUUUGAAUUUGCCUUGGUGUUCUAUCAUCGAGGCUACAAGCUGAGGCCCGAUCGGGAGUUCAAAGUUGGAAUUCAGAAAGCCCAGGAAGCCAUCAACAACUCAGUGGGAAGUCCCUCUUCUAUUAAGCUGGAGAACAAAGGGGACCUGUCCUUCUUAAGCAAGCAGGCGGAGAGCAUGCAAGCCCAGCAGAAGCCUCAUCCCGUGAGACAGCUCGUACACCAUCCCAAGAGAGAGUCCAAGCGGAAGGGCUCGCUCAAGAGCGAGAAGGUCAUCCGACAGCUCCUGGGCGAGCUCUAUGUGGACAAGGAGUAUCUGGAGAAGCUCCUGUUGGAUGAAGACCUGAUCAGAGGCACCAUCAAGCGCGGCCUGACCGUGGAGGACCUCAUCAUGACGGGCAUCAACUACCUGGACACACGCAGUGACUUUUGGAGGCAGCAGAAACCCAUCUACGCCAGGGAGCGGGACCGGAAACUGAUGCAAGAGAAGUGGCUGCGGGACCGCAAACGUCGGCCCUCGCAGACGGCCCGCUACAUCCUCAAGAGCCUGGAGGACAUUGACAUGUUGCUGGCCAGCGGCAGUGCUGAAGGCAGCCUUCAGCAAGCUGAGAAGGUGCUGAAAAAGGUGCUGGAAUGGAACAAAGAGGAGGCGCCCAACAAGGACGAACUGGUCGGAAACUUGCACAGCUGCAUAGGGAAUGCCCAGAUCGAGCUGGGGCAGAUGGUGGCAGCCCUGCAGAGCCACAGGAAGGACCUGGAGAUCGCCAAGGAAUAUGAUCUUCCUGAUGCCAAGUCCAGGGCCCUGGACAACAUUGGCAGGGUUUUUGCCAGAGUUGGGAAAUUCCAGCAAGCCAUUGACACAUGGGAGGAGAAGAUCCCUCUGGCCAAAACCACCCUGGAGAAGACCUGGCUGUUCCACGAGAUUGGCCGCUGCUACUUGGAGCUGGACCAGGCCUGGCAGGCCCAGAAUUAUGGUGAGAAGUCCCAGCAGUGCGCCGAGGAAGAAGGGGACAUCGAGUGGCAGCUGAACGCCAGUGUUCUGGUGGCACAGGCACAAGUGAAGCUGAGAGACUUCGAGUCGGCAGUGAACAACUUUGAGAAGGCCCUGGAGAGAGCGAAGCUCGUCCAUAACAACCAGGCACAGCAGGCCAUCAUCAACGCCCUGGACGAUGCCAACAAGGGCAUCAUUGAAGAGCUGAAGAAGACCAACUACAGGGAGAUACUCAAAGAUAAGAAGGAGAAAGAAGAUGCCACUACGUUGGAUAGUAUAACAGUGAUGGCAAAGGAGAAGGAAACGAAGAGGAGAAUGAGAGAUGAACCCGAGAAGGUGAUGAAGCAGUGGGAGCGGGAGCAAAUGGAGAGUGAGAAAGAGACCGAAGGUGACUUGUCUAAGGAAACCCUGGGGAGCACAGCUAGUGGACCAGAAGAACAUACGCAGAGAGGAGAAGUAGAAAAAGCCAGCCCCUCAAGGAGAAAAGGACCAGCUGCGAUGGAGGGAGGUCCAGGAGAUGUUGCCAAGGGACAAUCUGGAGAAGCAGGCAGGAAACUAACAGAAGUGAACAGAGGGGAAACAAGAGAAAUUUACAGGAGGCCUUCAGACCUGGACCAAAACCUCUCAGAAGAAUCAAACAGGGAAUCCGAAGAACUAGAGAAGACACUUUCAGAAAUCGGCAGAAGAGGGUCAGAAGCACUGGGGAAAACGGAAUCGGGAGAAAUAAGAGAACCGGAAAUAACAGAAAAUUCUGAAAAAAUGGAAAAAGAUGAAAAGGAAGAUGAAUGAAGCCAUCGAGUAGGCAUUAGGAUCAGGAGGCUGGUGUUCACAGGGACCAUGGAGAUCUUAUUAAACUGGACCUUCAAGCUGAGAUUUGUCUCUAAUAGGAAAACAUGUGGACUGGGUCCCACAGGUCACCUCUGUCUCUUUCUAUUACUGUUUUCCCUUUAAAUGUGCAUCUCUCACUCUUACAAA